UGGGCAGAAAAGCCUCCAGAACGCCAGAUGUCGCUGUGGUUCCGCGAUGAGCGAGGGCGUGCGUCUCUGUGGUUAUAAAGUUGGGGGUGGAGUGGCCGGGAGAUGAUGGCUGAUGAGGAGGAAGAAGUCAAGCCGAUCUUGCAGAAAUUGCAGGAACUAGUGGAUCAGCUCUAUUCAUUUCGAGACUGCUAUUUUGAGACACAUAGUGUUGAGGAUGCUGGGAGGAAGCAACAGGAUGUGCGGAAGGAGAUGGAGAAGACCUUACAGCAGAUGGAAGAAGUAGUGGGUUCUGUCCAGGGCAAGGCGCAAGUUCUGAUGCUAACUGGGAAAGCACUAAAUGUGACUCCUGACUAUAGCCCUAAGGCUGAGGAGCUUCUGUCAAAGGCUGUGAAGCUGGAGCCCAAGCUGGUGGAAGCCUGGAACCAGCUGGGUGAGGUGUACUGGAAAAAAGGGGAUGUUGCAGCUGCCCACACCUGCUUCUCAGGAGCCCUUACCCAUUGCAGGAACAAAGUCUCUUUGCAAAACCUGUCAAUGGUGCUUCGCCAGCUGCGGACUGGCACUGAAGAUGAACAUUCUCACCAUGUCAUGGACAGUGUCCGACAGGCUAAGUUGGCUGUUCAGAUGGAUGUCCAUGAUGGCCGCUCCUGGUAUAUCCUUGGGAAUUCAUAUCUUUCCCUUUACUUCUCUACUGGCCAGAACCCUAAGAUCUCCCAGCAAGCCCUCAGUGCCUAUGCCCAAGCAGAGAAGGUUGACAGAAAAGCUUCUAGCAAUCCUGACCUUCAUUUGAACAGGGCGACGUUGCAUAAAUACGAAGAGAGUUAUGGGGAGGCCCUGGAGGGCUUCUCUCGGGCUGCCGCCCUGGACCCUGCCUGGCUAGAGCCCCGGCAACGAGAGCAACAACUUCUGGAAUUCCUGGAUAGAUUAACCAGCCUCCUUGAGAGUAAGGGAAAGGUGAAGACCAAAAAGCUGCAGAGCAUGCUGGGAAGCUUGCGCCCAGCCCAUCUAGGCCCUUGCGGUGAUGGGCACUACCAGUCAGCCUCUGGGCAGAAAGUGACCCUGGAGCUCAAGCCACUGAGUAUGCUUCAGCCUGGGGUGAACAGCGGUGCCGUCAUCCUGGGAAAGGUGGUGUUUAGCCUUACCACAGAGGAGAAAGUCCCCUUUACAUUUGGCCUGGUAGAUUCAGAUGGACCUUGCUAUGCAGUGAUGGUGUACAAUAUAGUGCAGAGCUGGGGAGUGCUCAUUGGAGACUCUGUAGCCAUCCCUGAGCCUAACCUGCGUCUUCACCGAAUUCAGCACAAAGGAAAGGACUAUUCCUUUUCCAGUGUUCGAGUGGAGACGCCCCUCCUGCUAGUGGUGAAUGGGAAGCCUCAGGGAUCCAGCAGCCAGGCUGUUGCUACAGUGGCAUCGCGACCACAGUGUGAAUGACCUUCUUUGACUUGUGUGCUCAACAGGGACUGGAGGAGAGGGGACAAGGCCCUGUGCAGUUGGUCCAGCCACAUCCAGUGAUUCAGCAGGAAUGGGAGGAAUGUUUUAAAUGAACUUUCCUUUUCCCUGCUUGUAUUACACUUCGUAUCUCUUCUCUCUCCUCUGUCCUCAUCAUGUUCCAGUUCUCUCCAGGGCCACAUACUCUUCUGGCUUAUCUCUCCUGUCUCUUCCACUGCUCUCUCUGUUUUUUUUUUUUUUUUUGAGGCGGAGUCUUGCUCUGUCGCCCAGGCUGGAGUGCAGUGGCCGGAUCUCAGCUCACUGCAAGCUCCGCCUCCCGGGUUCCCGCCAUUCU